AUGCCUGCGGCGCUAUCCAAGGCGCGCCGGGCGAUCCCCGACGGUCGCCUUUGCCGCCUGUGCAGCUGCAAGGACAGUGAUCCAGACCUCACCUUCCCCGAGAUGUGCAUGCACUGGGGCUUCCCACCAGGCCCAGAGACAAACAAGAACCAGGGGCGCUUGUGCUUCUAUUGCUUUCGGGUCUACAACGCUGAAUACGCUUCCAAGUUCAAGAACUUGGCAGCGUUCUUGAAGGCUUUCGGCGAGCAGGGUUCCGACCUCAUGGUGAAGUUCAACAGCAUGCGCGAGCAGGUGAUCACCAUCUGCAAGGACAAGCAGAUGACAGUCGGAGUCGUGGUCGAGUGGAGCCAGGUCCGCGCCGUCGUUCAGACGGUGACCUCGAACGAGGUCGAGGCGAAGCAGAACCCAGACACUAUCAUGCUCUACAAGGACUACGUCGUCAAGCACGGCGACCCCGCCAAGAACGGACACCAGCGCGGGCAGUACAAGGGCCACGACGUGGUUACCAUCCCCGGGCGGCUGGAGUGGAAGGUUUACAAGACCGAAAAGAAGGCGUCCGGGUAG